CAUCCCAUCAGUCAGAAGAUUCUCCUUUACCCCAUUUCUUGGAAAGGGAAACCAGAUUGCCCAAAUACACUGGACCGGAGACUGGAGCAACAAUGGUUAAAAUUAAACCCAUGGAUAAGGAUGUGUUCUUUGACGGGACGAAUGUUGCGAUUGAAAAAUUUAUCAAGCGAUACGAAUGCGCAGGCGAGGCGGAUGGUGCUAGCGCGAGGGACUUGGCAAAACAGAUUUUUUUUUUUAUCAAGGAUGCCGAUUUAAAGGACGAGAUAGAAGAAAUGACUUGUUAUGAAGAUGUUGACUGGGAAGGUUUGAAGAAACAACUGCUUGAUCGAUUUGGAAAGACCCUUCCGCUGGUCAAAUACACGAAGCAAGAUCUCAACAGUCUAGUCAGUUCCGCCGUCAGUAAAGGAGGAAUCAAGACACUCAGUGAAUUCAAAAUAUUUAAGACUAGAUUCGAGGCUGCAACUCACUAUCUUGUUAGGAUGGGUUAUAAUACUAGCAUUGAAGAAUUCCGCGAACUCUUGCUUGAAGCUCUCAGUCGCCAAUUAGGAUCAGCGGUAAUUAAAGAACUUAUCAGAGAUGAUAAGAUGAUUCGAUCUAGAGAUGGAGGAGACAUCUUACCUCCCACUGUUACUCUCAUUGCCUACAUUCAAAGAGAAGUUCAAUCAGAUAGUGUAAUGAAGCGACAAAAUCUUUGGAGUCCAGAAAAGAAUCAAGAAAAAUUACCAGUAUCUCAGACCAAACCGGCACCAAGAAUUACCACUCCUAGUACUCCUGUCCAAAAUUCGUAUGAUAAACAACUUCAAGAUCUUACCAAACAACUAGCGGCUCUUACCUCUGGAAAAAUGGCUCCUCCUCACAAGCCCUUGGAUUCAGUCUCUCAACAGGCCAACCCCCCAACUUCAGCCCCCAACAGAAACCCAAAUUUCAGAUGUUAUUAUUGCUUCCAACCCAACCACAGUUCCAACAGAUGUAAUUUAUUUUCUUUUGAUGAAUCCAAUGGCUUAGUCAAGAAAGAAGGCGGAAGUUAUCUUUUACCUGAUGAUACACCAAUUGCCUGGGAUACUAGUAGACCUAUCAAAGAAGUAGUUGAUCAGUUUUCAGAAGACUCCAAGAAGACUGCUAUGACAGAAAUAGAAUUCUCCUCCUCUUUUGGACAACUUGAAGAAAUUUACGUACCAUCUUUAGACUCUUAUGAAGAAGACAACAAGCUAGAAACCGAAGAUUUGGACAACUCCUCUGUAGCUUUUACUUUCAAUCCACCCUCAGAACCAGAAAUCAUCUUUACUCAACAGACCAACAAACCCCCUGAAGAGAUAACUGAAGAAACAGAACCUCAAGAAUUUCAUUCUGAAGAUCAACCAGCUAGCAAGACCUCUUCUGAUGAAAUGUUAACCACAGAUUUCACCGGUUUGGAAGAAACGAUAAUUCAGAGAAUGAUGGAGGACUUCAAUGUAGCUUGGAGCUAUGAAGACAAAAACUCUGAUGGAGUAGUGGAUUUUUCUCAGAAGGAAGAAUAUAACACCAGCACCUUUAUAGAAGAUAACAAUUCAACAUUUUUACCUAUCAGUACAGUGGCCAGAAAUUUUUUUCACAUCGAUGAGUCAGAUAUCUCAGUCUCUUCUUUUUCUGCCCAGCUGAUGGGGACAUCAGCCAAGUUGGAGGAGGAGUCUGUCAUUUUCCAGCCUGAAAACCCCUUUGGAAACAACAUAUCAGCAGAAAAUCCGUCUAGUUUCUAUGUAUCCCAUUUCACCAAUGAUAUUCUAGAGAACAACAGCAAACAAAUACAAGACUAUCCGGCCAGAUUCAAUCCAUACGGCCUAGACAAAGUUGAUAGACAGAACCAAGAAGAUCGAGACAGAGACUUCCAUCUAGAAGAGUUACAAGAUCCUGGUCGGUUUUCACAUGCACUACCUGCUAGUAGCGACAGCUCUAAAGAAGAGACCUACACGAAGAAUCAAAGAAGAGACUUGUCCAAUCAGCAACACGAAGAACAGGACUUGAUCGGAUUCAACAAUACUUUGGAAUCGCGCGAAGAUGACAAAUGGGAUACUGCCUUAAAGGCUACAUUGAUGUUAUUAUUUUUGUUUUACCUGCUACUACUCACAACUUGGGUUGAUGCUGUAUGGUUGGAUUCAAUAAAUUUCAGUUUUAUUGAGCAAACCAAAGUCAUUUCAAGUCGUAAAGAAGGAAUGCGAUUAUUUUUCAAGAUUCUGUUUGUCGGUCUAUUAAGAGCUGGUUGUAUGUUCAGUAAAACAGACAAAGGCUGUAGUGCUAGAACAAGUCGACACAGGAGAUCAGGGAUUAUAGCUAGCACAAACGUCUACGGGUGCAACGGUCUGACUUUGUUCAAAUCAAUUCUAUGGAACUUUAAAUCGGCAAUCAGGCAGAUCGAUCGGAAGGACAUCCCACUCUUAAAGAUUAGAGUCAAUCUUAAGGACAGAACACCUAUUACAGUGGCGCAACCCAUCCUACUGUACAUGGAUUUUGGGGUUCCGAAAUGUUUGGAGGAAAAAAAUCAAGAAAAUCUGCCCUGGGAAGGGCAGGAUCUGUGGAAAAUUUAG